AUGGAUUCUCAACCCUCAUUUAUUGCUGAAAAUUACAGACAUGAUAAGAAAAUCCAUAUACUUUUGGCAGCGUCUGGUUCUGUUGCCACAAUAAAACUGCCAAAUAUAACAAAGGCUCUAUGUCAGAAUAAGAAUGUCUCAGUUCGCAUCAUAGUCACCGAGGCCUCAGAGAAAUUUCUCAUGGACCAAAGCUCGGAGCAACCAAUCCUCGACUCACUACAGAAAAUUGAUGGCGUGGACGGAAUAUACCGUGACAAAGAUGAAUGGUCCCCGGCGUGGACGCGCGGGGAACCAGUCCUACAUAUUGAGCUGCGCAAAUGGGCACAUCUUCUACUGGUCGCUCCAAUGUCAGCAAACACCAUGGCGAAGAUGGUCAAUGGGAUUGCCGAUAACCUGCUUCUUUCAACUAUCAGGGCCUGGGAUACGACUGGAUUGGUGGACAAAGAAUUCAAAUCUCUCACGCCAAGGAUCUUUGUGGCCCCAAGUAUGAACACAGCAAUGAUGAUUCAUCCAGUAACCGAGAAACAACUCAAAAUUCUACGUGAUGAAUGGGGAUGGAGUAAGUCAAACCCUAAUGGCUGGGUGACUUUGCUCUCUCCCAUCGAGAAGACUUUAGCUUGUGGAGAUGUCGGAACUGGAGGUAUGAUGGAGUGGAAAGAUAUUGUCACGGUCAUCCAAGAGCACCUGGAAUCGAUACAAAAUUCAUACACAUUGUGA